AUGCAAUAUUGCAACACACUCUUCGGGGGUGAGAUUGCGAUUUUGACCUUUGUCAACAAGACCUCAGAAGUUACAUCAGAGUUAGCUAGGUUCAACCUAGAUAUAGCGGUUCUCUCUGAAACGAAGAAGAAAAGGAGAGGAAGUGAACAUCUCGAUAAUUUCCUUCACUUCUGGUCUGGGAUAGAUAAGGCAAAACGAGCUCAAGCGGGUGUAUCGGUACUGAUAGCGAAAAAGUUAUCUAAAUUCUACAAGAAUUACAACGCUGUCAGCGAAAGAAUAGUAACUGUCACCUUGACUAUUUUCGGUUUGGAAACAGUAAUAAUAGGUACGUAUGCGUCCACAGGUGGUUCAAAUCAAGCUGAAAAAGACUCUUAUUAUGCCACAAUUUCAAAAGUUUUUACAGAAAUAAAACCGAGUCAAGAAGUUCUAAUCAUGGGAGACCUUAACGCAAGAAUAGGCAAGACAGAAGAAAUCUAUGUCCUUAACGAUUCCGGAGAGAGGUUAAUUGACUUUUGCGAACUGAAUGGUCUGCGGAUACUUAACGGCUUCUUUCCAAAUAAAUUGGUUCAUCGAUACGCCCGAGAAAGGCCCUCUCUGCAACAAAAAUCUAUAAUUGAUUACGUAAUUGCUAAACAAAUAUCGAAACUGAAAUUCAAAGACUGCAGAGUUAAGAGAGGAGCAAAUUGUGGAUCCGGCCACCGGUUGGUUGUUGCAGAAUUUGUAGUACCAUUCCAAAUCAGAGCCAGGAGUAUUGAACAUACAGAAUCACAAGAACUGGAAAUCGAGGAAUCUGAACGUGUUAAGUACAAGCUUCACUUACUACACGAUGCCAGUAUUAAAUGGCUGUACCAAAGAAGAUUAGAUGGAGCCCUAGAGGAAGUGAAUGCCUGUAGUGAUGUAGAAAUAGAGUAUACUAACUUAAAAACCUUACUUAAAAAAGUAGCCUUUCAAGUGUUAGGUGAACAGAACAUGCAGAAGAAAAGGGAUGAACCAGCCUGGAUAACUGAUAACAUAAAGACCUUAAUAAAUGAAGAACAAAAAUUCUAUCAAAAAUGGCUCUCAGACAGAACAGAGACUAACUGGGGUCAUUACAAGCAAAAAAACAGAGAGGUACGAGCCGCUAUUAAGGUAGGAAAAACGGAUAUGUGGGAAAGAAGAUGUCAGCAAGUGGAAAGUCUACUAGGGGGCGCACGGAGCACUGUGGUCUGGCGAACAAUCCGACAAAUGAAAACCAGUCAAACGGACAAGCUCUUGAAUAAAAUUGAUAUAGAAAAUUGGCGCAACUACUAUGCAGAAUGA